AAAAAAAAAACAAAAAGGGGGACUGAAUUCUGAGCAACUCUGAGAAAGUAAACAAAACAGACAAAAAUAAUGUGAAUUACAAUAAAGUGAAUGAAUGAAUGAAAACAAUGAUCUGAGCACUCCAAUCUCAGUCUUACUAGAAUCAAAUGCCGCUGCCACAGCUGGACGAGCCCGACUGGGGCGAUGUUGACGUCCCCGCGCCGCCGCCGUCGACGACGCCCGCCAAAGCGACGACGCCGAGCAACAAGAAGACACCCACCAGCAAGUCUGGCGCCAAGCAGGCAGCCAAGCAGCAGCCCGCAAAGGAGGGCGUCGACGAGGAGGUGGUCGCUGCUGCGGCGCCGUCCGUCUCGAUCUGGUCUGGCGCAGCGCGGGACAAGGCUGUCGCCCAGCAGACUGAGGCCCAGCAGUCAUCCGUCAUCAAGAAGAAGACCAACGCAGGAUCGUCGGCAGGCGUCACUGCUGCUGCCACUGCUGCUGCUGCUGCUGCCGGGUCAAAGAAGGUGGACAAGCGCUCCCACGCGGUCGCUGCAGCAAGCGACGAGGUCGUCGACAAGGCUGCUGCCAAGUCCAGCGCCAAGCCAGCGUACAAGAAUGCUCCAGGCAACGCGAGCAAGCACGAUGGCAAGGCGAGCGACGCUAGCACAGAAGCCAAACCGACCGUCAAGCGCGCCAAGCAGGAUGGCAAGGACAAGAAGGACACUGCUGCUGCUGCUGCGACCGCGACCACUGAUGGUGUGACUGCGACUGCGACUGACGGCGCUGAUGGCACUGAUGGCGCUGAGGCGGCAGAGCGCGUAUCAAAGCGACCAACGCUGACCAAGAAGCAGAAAAUGAAAAUCAAGCGUGCGCGGCUUGCGCUCGAGGCGGCAACGGCCGCUGGCGAGACGGCACCGAUGCAGGUUGUCGCACCCGCUGCUUCUGAUGUUGACAAGAAGAGCAAAAAGAACAAGUUUAAAAACCAAGAGUAUGCAGAACGAUUGGCAGUCGCCAAGCUCGCUCCCCGCAAGCCCACGCCCAUGGCGGUGGAUGAUGCGCCAGCGGUCACACCCGCAGCUGCUGGGAAGGGCAAGGCUGCAGCCAAGCCUACCGUGGCUGCAAAGAAAGUCGACAACGACAGCGACGACGACGACGACGACAAUGAUAGCAGCGAAACAAAGCCAACAAGUAAGGCCGAAGCGCCAAAGUCGGCCAAAGCCAGCAAGACUCCAGUGGCCACCACUGCCGCCGAUAAGCUUCGUGGUGCGCGCUUCCGUUGGAUCAACGAGCAGUUGUAUACGACCACUGGCAAACUUGCGCAAAAGCUCUUCAAGGACGAUCCCAAGUUGUUUGACAUUUAUCACGAAGGCUUCCGCACGCAGGUCCGAAGCUGGCCGGUGAAUCCUGUCGAUGUGAUGAUCAAAUACUUGGAAACCAAGCCCGCCAAUUUGUCGGUCGCCGACUUUGGUUGCGGUGAAGCCAAAAUUGCCGCGACCGCAGCUCAGAACGUGCACUCGUUCGAUCUCGUUGCGGCGAACGACUCUGUGGUGGCGUGCGAUAUCGCACACGUUCCAUUGGCGAACGAAGCGAUCGACAUUGCCAUCUUUAGCCUGUCGCUCAUGGGCACGAACUGCAUUGAGUUUUUGAUGGAAGCCCGUCGCGUGCUGAAGCCAAAGGGCACACUUAAAAUUGCCGAAGUACUCAGUCGCCUGCACAGUCCCAAGCAGUUUAUUGCUGUGUUGAAAGAGCUCGGCUUUGAUCUGGUGAAUCAGGAUGGCACCAACAAUGUCUUUAUUGUGAUGGAGUUUAUCAAGACCCCUCGGGCGUCGACCGUCAGCAAGCAAAACAUUCAGCAGUACAAGGACAUGCUUAAGCCAUGCCUGUACAAGAAGCGAUAAACCUUGUUCUCCAUGAAUUUCAAUUGAACUUGUUCGUUCCUACCUUUCCUUCUUCCUUCCUUCAUCAUCAUUUUUAACUGUAUUGGGAACAUGCCAGCCAAACGACAAUGUUUCAACCAUCAACGCGGUUUCGGGGCUUCUGUUUUUAGAGCUUUGCGUUGACAAUCUUGACGAAAUCGGGCUUGAGCGAGGCGCCGC